AUGUCAUGGGCAGUUUCUUCUUUGGUCCUGGCACCACUCGCUCUCCUGGCUGUCCUUGCAGCUAUACCUCCCCUGAUCGUCCAGGUACGCGCCAGAAACUUUCCCGCCUCGGUUCUGAUCGCCGGCGUCACCAUUCUCAACAUCCAAAACUUUGUUAACGCAGCCAUAUGGCACUCGCUCGAUACCUCCCGUUGGUGGAAUGGGAAGAUUCUGUGUGACAUCGAAGUGAAACUCUACCUUGGAACAACCCAAGCUAUGGGCGGAGCCAUAGCAAGCAUAUUUCGCCAAAUCUCCAUCAUCCUUCACCCUACUCAUAUAGCAGUGGCACCUACUCCACGACAGCGUCAAAUCACCUUGGUCAUCGAGUCCAUACUUUGCAUCGUGUUGCCUGUAUAUGUCAUGGUCGGCCACUACCUGACCCAGCGUACCAGGUACUGGGUCCGACUUUCAUCUGGCUGCAUAGCAACGUUCGACAUCAACUACGCUGCUCCCUUCCUGACUUAUCUGUGGCCAUUAGUCGUAUCCCUCAUCGGCAGCACUUACUGUCUGAUCUCCAUCCUUCGCCUGAAGCAGCAUCGCAACCAAAUGGCUUCGGUCCUCUCCCACACCCUCGGAGCCACGACUUCGCGAUUCUAUCGGCUUUUCGCACUUGCAUGCACGCUGCUGGCAAUAUACUGCCCGCUUUCACUAGUCAGCUUCGUCCAGGACAUUCGCAUCCCAAUGCACAAGUAUUCCUGGCCGGAUAUCCAUCCUCCUGACUGGUCGGAACGAUUUAUAUUGGGUCAAGACACAGCGCAGAGCGAGCGGUACAUAAUAGUUGACCGUUGGGCACAAGUCCUCACAGCAUAUCUGGCAUUUCUCUUCUUUGGACUGGGCCAAGAAGCAACGCAGAUGUACAAGGGUUGGAUUACACGAACACGCAGUUUCCUCUCUGCAUACGCGAAAUCAAAGUGCAAGGCGUCGACGCAGCCUCGUCGUGAACUCAUGUCACUCGAGGACGGACUUGUUGUCGGGUUCUCGGUCGACCAUCACACCUAUGAGCAUGCUCGAGUGAUGCAUCCGCACCACUCGAAUAUAUCAGAAAUGAGUGGCUAA